GUCUGGCUUCAUCCUGAAGGAUUUUUGUGAAAAACCACAGGGAAAAUUCCACCUUGGGAGAAAGGAGCUGGAGAAUGAAGAUUUUCUUGGUUUGGACCCUUUUCCUCAUGAGAGCCACGAGCACAGGUGGCCAGGCAGUGACAGGCCCCAAGCAGGUGACAGUGGAGCAGGGCAGCUCACUGGCAGUGUCCUGCAGCUACAAGCCACGCUACAAGCUCAACUCCAAGUACUGGUGCCGCAAAAGCUCCCCCGGGUUUUGCUUGACCUACAUCAUCCAAACUGAUGGCUCAGAGGUGACAGUGACACAGGACAGGGUGUCCAUCAGGGACAACCACACAGCAAAUUCAUUCACAGUGACACUGAGCAGUGUCACACUGGCAGAUGCAGGCCGGUACUCCUGCGGGGUGAGGAGAAAACUGGGGAUCAAGCGGUGGCACAGCACCAAGGUGAUGGUCUCUGCAGCUGUUUCCAACACAACUGAGGACAGCAACACGAGCCCGUUAACCACCAAUCCUCUGUGCCCCAGGGGCUGUCGGGAGCUUCCAGAGCUGUCCCAGUUCAGUGUCAUCUUGCUGCUCCUGCUCAGCAUCAAGGUACCCGUGGCACUGGCCAUGGUGUGUGGGGCAGCCUGGGUGAGGAGCCAGGGCAGGAGCCACGGCCAGGAAAACCUGCAGCUCUUGGAGGCAUCCAGCAGCACCAGGGGACUGGGGACACAGGGGGAGGCCUAG